CUGUGUUUGAAUUCGAAGAUCUUUCAAAAUGCUGUCUUAUCAGAAUAUGAAUCAGAGACAGCGCCAGUUGUAUGAUCAAGUCAAGAAUGAGAGUGGAGGGCUCAGUCUGGAAAGGAGGCAGAUUGGCGAUGAAGAAGCGAAGGCGAUUGCUGAGGCACUCAAAGUGAACAAGACGCUGACUUAUCUCGAUCUGCACAACAAUCAGAUUGGCGAUGUUGGAGCGCUCGCUUUCGCUGAGGCACUCAAAGUGAACAAGGCGCUGGCUGAGAUCCGUCUGUGGGCGAAUCAGAUUGGCGAAGUUGGAGCGCAGGCGAUUGCCAAGGCACUCAAAGCGAACACAACGCUUGGCACGCUCUAUCUGGGUGAGAAUCAGCUUGGCGAUGCUGGAGCGCAGGCGAUUGCUGAAGCACUUCAAGUAAACACGACGCUGCCCAAGCUCUAUCUGCGUGAGAAUCAGAUUGGCGAUGUUGGAGCGCAAGCGAUCGCUGAGGCACUCAAAGUGAACAAGACGCUGACUACGCUCUCUCUGUACCAGAAUCAGAUUGGCGAUGUUGGAGCGCAAGCGAUUGCUGAGGCACUCAAAGUGAACAAGACACUGACCGAGCUCAGUCUGUGGCAGAAUCAGAUUGGCGAUGUUGGAGCGCAAGCGAUCGCUGAGGCACUCGAAGUGAACACGACGGUGACGCAUCUCGAGCUGGACCAGAAUCAUAUUGGCGAUGUUGGAGCGAACACGAUUGCUGCAGCACUCAAAGUGAACAAGACGCUGACUUUGCUUUAUUUGUCCCAGAACUUCUUGACCAAUACUGGAAUUAAUGCACUCAGGCAAACUGGCAAUAUUAUUUGUACCUUUAAUUCCGCUCGUGGUCGUCUCGACCAGCAACGAACCCCAUCGCCUGCCGACUUGGCUCAGAUUGCAGCUCGUGCAGCAGCAAAUGCUCAGUCUCCGCCCUCUGCAUCCGAGAUUCAGCAGUUGCGCUCCGAACUCGCUGGCAAAGACCAGGAUCUUGCUGCCAAGGAUCAGGAGCUUGCUGGAAAGGAUCAAGAGCUCGCUGCCAAAGACCAGGAGCUGCAACAACUUCGCUCCGAUUUGAAUUCAGCCCUUGAUCGGAUCGACGUACUUGAGCGCAACCAAGACGCCAGUGGGUCCUUAUCGAACUUUGACGGACCCAUCCCACAAGUGCCUCUCGCAACGCUCGUCUCCGCCACGAACAACUUUGCUGCUGAUUCUCUGCUCGGCGAAGGAGCGUUUGGUCGCGUGUACGGUGCCAGUUUGCCUGGACCUCGUGUUGCCAUCAAAAAGCUAUCGGCCGAAUCCAAGCAGGGCACGGUCGAAUUCAAGUCGGAACUGGACUCUCUUUCGAAAUUCCGUCACGCGAACAUUAUUGCCAUUCUGUCGUAUGCAGAGGAAGGCGACGAACGAUGCCUUGUUUACGAAUUCAUGCCGAAUGGAUCGGUUCGCGACCGUCUCGCCCGCAAAAACAACACCCCUCCACUGACAUGGACUCAGCGCCACCGCAUUGCGGCCGAUGUUGCCCGCGGCAUGCACUACGUCCAGACAGCCUUCCCUGAUCAUGCACUGUUCCAUCUCGAUCUCAAGACGGACAAUGUGCUUUUGGAUGAGCAUUUCAACGCUAAAGUUUCGGACUUUGGUCUCGUCCGUGCUGCCCAACACCUCGAUGACAAGAGCUAUCUUCGCACGCAGACCGCUCAAGGAACCAUUGCUUACAUGUGUCCCGAGUUCUUACAAGAAGGCCGCAUGACCACCAAGACGGAUGUCUACGCCUUUGGCAUGAUUCUGCUAGAAUUGUUGACUGCAGCCAAACCCGGCACUCGGCUGAGAACGGAGGUGCGAAAAGCUGUGAAAAGCCAAAACAUCCUUGACAAGGUGGACUCACACCUCAAACCAACCGAGGCAGAGCAGCAGAGCAUCAGCGAGAUUGUCACCCUCGCGCUCGAGUGUCUUGACGACGAUGCCAACGAUCGCCCGUCCUUUGGCCAACUCAUCGUUCAAUUGAAUCCUUGAUGGAAGGUCUCUUGCAUUGGUUUUUUAGGCUUGAUCAUGCCGAGCAGCCGUCAUUCACCAUAAACGUCCUUUUCGCACACGUCUAGCAUGUUCAUCCUGGUUGCUUCUUGGUUUGCUUGUUUGUUCUUCA